AUGGAUUUGCACGACGAACAUGAAAUCGAGGGUGAACCUGCACGCCUUUCACAGCAGAGCCAACGCCUAGAAUUAAUUACAUUUGAACACGAUUGCACCCUGCGAGAUGAACCCCACUACCUCACGAACCGUAUCGAAUCCCCGCGAAGCUGCGCCUUCCGCUUCCGGGAGUGGUUCUUGAUCGAUCCCCGGCACCCGCAGACGGUCCGCUACUACACGUCCAGCUAUCUGCUCCGGUCGGAGCUGGUUCGGCACAUCAAGAGCCGGCACUGGUUCAUGAUCCAUCCGUUCAGCCGGUUCCGGUUUUACUGGGAGAUUUGGCUAGUUCUGUACACGUACGCGCUGAUGCUGGCCGUUCCGUUUACGAUCGCCUUCACUGGAACGAUGCGGCGGGAGAAUUACGUAUACUUUAUAGCCGCCGGUGUUAACUUGCUGUCCACGGCCGAAAUUGUGGUCAACUGUUUGACCGGGUUCUCGACGGAUCAGUACUAUCAGCAUGUCCGCCUUGGUCCGUGGGACGUUUUUGUUAAUUAUUUGAAGGGAAUGUUCUUGAUUGAUUUCAUUUAUGCUUUUCCGGCAAGUUUGUUCGCCAGGGUCUUUAUACGAAAUGAAGCUGCGUUGCAAGUGGUCUUGAAUGUUGUCAGCGGACUUUUGUUGUUUAAGGUGGUGUCUUUGUGGAAAAUUUGGAGAUAUAUCAUCAAUAUCUUUGAGCGAUUCAGGUUUGGAAUGAUCAACUACUACAAACUCCGUUUGAUCCUGAUAUCUGGACUAUUCAUUCACUGGUGCAACUGUUUUUACAAAAUUGCUGCCACUGUCGUGGAAGACCCUCAAUACGGUGAAGAUCCUCUCUGGGAUGAGCAUGUCAAGUUUCUUCUGAACAUCGACAACGGCAUGAUGCGACGUUACGGGCACUGUUUCUCAACCGUGUUGUACUACCUGUUCGUAAUGAGCUUUGGCGAGAUCGGGAUUCCGACGACUGUCCACGGCAAGGUCCUCGGCGCCGUUUGCAUCAUCGUGGGAAUUUGCUUCCAGUUGUAUCUGAUUCUCCAGUUCUUCAAGCUGACCACCAUGACGAACUCAACGAAGCGAAACUACGCCGAAUCGGUCAGCCAGCUGCAGGCCUACAUGGGCAUGAAGCAGUUUCCGAAGGAAAUGGCAAACCGAUUGAUGUUUUACUACGAGAAGAAGUUCGAGAAGUGCUACUUUGACGAGGACAAGAUUCUGAGCACGUUGUCCGAACCGUUGCGGCAUCAGAUCGACGAUCAUAGUGCGGCGCGGUUUUAUACGACCGUACCGGUGUUUAAGGACGUUCCACGAUCGUUGCUGCUGGCGCUGGUUCGGAACAUGGAGAAGGAGAUCUAUUUGCCGAAUGAUAUGAUUGUGAAGGCCGGGUCCGUUGGAAGUUGGAUUUGCUUCAUUCACACUGGUUCUGUUGCGGCUUACACGCAGUCGGGCAAGGAAAUCUUCCAUCUUUAUGAUGGAGAUCAUUUUGGUGAAAUUUCGCUGUUUCUGAAGAAUAAGCGCUUGCUGAACGUGAUCGCGAUCGAGUUCACCCAGAUAUUCGUCCUGAGGCGGAAAGCGUUCAUCGAGCUGGUUCCAGGUGAGAACGCCCUCUAUCAGCGGCUCGAGGAAAAGGCCAAGGAGCGGAUGCAGCAGAUCCUGCUCGAGGAAGAGCUGUACAAGAGUCACCUGCUGAUGGUGGACGGCAAUGCCGGUGGUGGGGCAAUGACCGAUUGAAGUGUGUCCUCCUGUUAAUGAAGCGAUUCGGCGAAAAUCAGCAUCGCAACCAAGGCGUAAUUGUUCAUUCACCAAGGGGGCGGAUAAAAUUAACGAGAUUUGGCACCCGAUAAGCAGCAGCACGACGAACAUCGUCUGACCGUGGCUCUCGUUUCUCGCAAGAGGCUCAAGGAGGAAGACAUUUUCGACACGGACAAGUGAUAAUUUUAUUGGGCAGAUUUCAGAUUUGGUAGGCGAGAUAAUAUUCAUUAACUUGUUCACUGAUAUUGCGCUGGCUGGGACGCGAACCGGCAAGCUGCCUCGAAGGAAGUCACUG